UUAUGGUUCGUGUACAAAGUAAUCUGGGUACGGACAGGCAGGAUAGAGGUGUUAUGGGGCCUCCCUGCAGUUUGGGUCAGAGCAGAGACGGAAAUGAGGAAGAACAAGGAGAAGAGUCAACUGGAGUUCUGAGAGUGCAGGUAGAAGAGAGCGUUUUCACCAUAGACAGGGCCGUCCUGGGGCAAAACUGUGAGUAUUUCCGUGCUCUCUUCCGCUCUGGGAUGAAGGACAGCCAGCUGAACGAGUUCCACCUGCAGGGAGGCCUGAAAGCGAGGGGCUUCCUCAUAGCCAUGGCGGUUUCCAGGGGUGAGCGGCCUGCUAUACAAGACCCAGAUGAGAUCGUGGAGGCCGCAGAGUGUGCAGCUUUCCUCCAAGUGGAUAUUCUAGUCCAGCACUUGAUAGACCUUCUUGAUACCGACAACUGCAUUCUUUUGUACCACACGGCAUCGGUGUACGGCUUGUGGAGGUUGUUUCAGAGCGCUGCGGUGUUCAUCCGCGAUGCUUACACUGACCUGCAAGACAUGGUCAAGGCACUCCCAGAGGAGCUGAUCUGCUACGUGGAGUCGCUUUCACCAACAUCGUUUGUCUCUCUAGGGACUCAUUCCCCGUCCAUGAAGAUGCUGCAGGACUGCUACAGGACGGUGUUUUACCUCGAUGAAGAACCGGGUACUUGGAAACACCUGACUGAUCUGCCAACAGACGCCAGCACCUCCAUGGCCGGGGUGGCCAUCGUGGGGAACCGGUUGUAUAUCGUUGGAGGAGUACGGGGAGUUAGCAAGGAAACUGUGGACUUAAGCUUCUGUUAUGACACAGAAACCAACACUUGGAGUGUGUUUGAUGGUCCUCAGCAGUCCAGGUAUAACUUUACCCUCGUGGGUCAGGAUGGACACUUGUAUGCCAUCGGAGGUGAAUUCGACAAAAAGAUUAUGUCCUCGGUAGAAGCAUGUGAUGUUUCCACAGGCACGUGGACAUUUUGUAAGAACGCGCCUCGUUCUGUGGCUUCGCCGGCUAGCGCUGUUGCCAGGCGUAGGAUAUUUGUAUGUUUCUGGAAGUCUCCAGAUACAACAGACAUUUAUGAAUACGCACCUAAAAAUGAUGAAUGGACACUGGUCACCACUAUGGUCAAGCCUCAGAGUUACGGACACUGCAUGGUGGCUCAUGGCGACAACCUGUAUGUCAUGAGGAACGGCCCAUGUGAUGACUUCCUGCGCUGCCUCAUGGACUGCUACAACAUCACUACGGGUCAAUGGACGGCCAUGCCAGGACACUACGUCAAUAGCAGGGGUGCCCUCUUCACAGCUAUGGUGAGGGGGAACUCUGCAUUCACCGUCAACCGCAAUUUGACCCUGGAAUAUGUAAUUUGUGGUGACAAGUGGAAGCCUCGCAGACAGAUGACUGGCUUUCCAAAAAGUGGCUCGCUUUGGACCUGCUUACUUAGACUGCCCAAGAACAAAGACACACAGGAGGAACGUGAUGCAGAGGAAGCAUUGGAGAUGAAUGCCAAUGUGGAAUGUGUGGAAGACUUGGUAGAGGCUAAUCAUCCACUUUAGGGAUUGUGGAUCAAUCCGUUGUUUCAUUUGCAAUUGUAAUUAAAAGAGUGGUACAUCCAAAAGUGAAA